AUGACGCACAACUUACCGCCAAUCUCCUCGCUCGAUUUGUUCGAUAGGCAGAGAGGCUCCGGCGUGGGCGCGGAUAGAUCGCCGCCGCCGUCGCUCUUCCAAUUCCCAACUGAGCUUCUGCCGUCGUCGUCGUUCAGGCAUCCAUACGUGACGAGCUCCCGUUCUGAUCCGCUGCUCGGAGGGAAGAAGGCGUUGUCGGAUGCCUCUGCGAAUAUGUCGCCUAAUCCAUCCUAUGCAUCGUCAUAUCCAUCGUCUAAUACAUCCUCCAAUGCAUACACCUCCAGGAAACGACCGCCAUCCACCAACUCGGGGGCUGUCAACCAGCGGAACCACGUCAAAGCAAAGAAUCAGCACAGCAGUAUACUCGUGGAGUGCAUAGAGUUGCUCCAUCAGCGCUGCGAUCCACGCACCACGCCCCCUCUACCACCCAACUGGCACGAGCGUAAUUUGAGGUCCGUCAAGGAUAAAGUGGGCGCAGUGAAGGAUCUCUAUUUGAGUCUUACUGGCGAGCCUUGGGAGCAAGGGGAUUGA